AAAGAUGAAGAAGAAGGGAGACAAGAUGAGGAGGAAGAAAUGGCUGAAGAAAAAGAUGGAGGAGUAGAAAUAGAAGAAAAACAAGAUGAAGAUGAAACUGAAGAAAGAAAAGGGAAUGAGGCACAAGACAGUGAUGAUGAUGAUGUCAUCUUCUUAUAUGAGGAACUUCCCUCGUCUGAUCUAGUACAGGAGGCAGAAGGACUCUUCCUUCCCAAACACUUUUAUAAUUAUCUCAAAAAGGAGGGAUGCCCUGGUUGCCGUGGCUGCAAAGAUGACUUUGAAUUCCCACCAGAUUAUGGUAAAGAGAAGAAAGAGAAUGAAAACUCUUUUAUGAGUAUUGAACCAGCACCUCAAAGUAAACCAGCUGAAGAUGAUAAUAAAGAGGAAAAAGACACAAUCAAUAAAUCAUCAUUUCAUCCAUCAUCGUCAGGCAGUUCCUUUGGAGCUGCUCCUUCAAUUAGUGAGACCAGUAGUACUGGAUUAUUCUCUUCUGUUGCCGUUGGGUUCUCGUCAUUCUCUGAUAUUGCAUCUAGUGCUGAAAGACCCUCCGAUUUCAUUAAAGAUGAAGGUUUUAAGUUUUCUGGAGCCGGAGCUCAGUUAUUUUCCGGUGGAGGUGGAGAAGGCAGAGAGGAAGAAGGAAACGAGAAUUCUGAGGAAGAAGCUAAUAUUCAUUUUAAACCAAUCGCUACUUUACCAGAGACUUACGACUAUAAAUCGGCAGAGAAAGAAGGAGAGACCCUUUUUGACGAGCGUGGGAAACUCUAUCGUUUUGACGGCUCAACCAAUCAAUGGAAGGAAAGAGGUCUUGGUAAUAUGAAGAUUAUUUAUCAUCGUGGAAACAGGCAGACCCGUCUGGUUAUGAGACGCGAUCAGAUAUUAAAGUUAUGUUGCAAUCAUUACAUCACUGAUAGUAUGAGCAUUGAGAUGCAAAUGGGUAAUCCUAAAGCAAUGACCUGGUUUACUGAGACUGACUACUCAGAAGAGACUGCCCUACCACAGAAGCUAGCUCUUAGAUUCAAACAUGAGGAAACUGCAAAGAGAUUUAAGGAUCUUUUUGAAGAAGCAGUUAGUAAAGCAAAAGAAGUGUCUAAUAUGAAUGACGGACAUUCAGAGAAUGAAGAAGAGAGAGAAGAGAAAGAGGAGGAGGAAGUAAGGGAAGAGAAAAAAGAUACAGAAGAAGUAAAGAAAGAAGAGGAGAAAGCGAUUGAUGGACUGAUGUCUUCUCGGAUGUCUUGUAAAACAAAGGAUUUUUCAGCAGAACAGUCUGAGUAUUAUUCAAUAAGUCGCCCUCGAGAUGACAAAGAAGAACCAAUAUUCAUAGAGCAACCUUCUGAUAGAUACAACUGCCUAAUAUGUCAUUGCGUGAUGAGAGAGCCUCAUAUUGUCACAUGCUGCUCUAGAAAGAUGUGUCGUGACUGUAUACAACGUGUAAAUCUUUCUGGUCAACCUUGUCCCAAUUGCCGUGAGCCUAAUUUCAAUAGUUUCUUAGAGAAGCAGCUCAACAGUGAGAUACUAGAUUUGAAGGUUCGUUGUACACACCACAAGAAUGGAUGUGAGUGGGUAGGAGAGUUAAGAGAUCUAAAGAAGCAUACUGGUUCCAGUUGCAAGUUUGCUAAAGUAAAGUGUCCUUUUGGUUGCCCCGUGGUUUAUCUUCGUAAAGAUGCAAUGAAUCACGAAUCCAUCUGUACUAAUCUCCCACCAGAAAUGCAGAUUAAAAGAACAAUGAAGGAAACCGAUCAAUUCAAAGAAGAGUUACAAGCUAUGUUGAAUCAAUUUCAAGAGCUGUAUAAAUCAGAAUCAGCACGUGUUAAAGAGUUAACAACUCAACUUGAGGGUCUGAAAGAAAGUCACAGAAGAGAGCAGCAAGAAUUGAAGAUUCAGUUUCAGGCAGAGAAGAAGCAGCUACUAGAAGAAUCUAAGAAACAGGUUAUGCUGCUAAUAAAGAACUUAAGGGCUGAAUUUACUGAAGCAAUGCUAAACAAACUGACUGUAGCAAAUGCAGAGCAUCAGCUUAAGGAAUCAUACAAUGGUGCACCUGUGACUACUUCAGCUAGCUUCCUUCCUCCUUUAUCUAUGCUUGGUCCUGCCACUGCUCCUAAGGAUGAAGAUAAAACUGAAGCAAGAAAAGGGAAUGAGGCACAAGACAGUGAUGAUGAUGAUGUCAUCUUCUUAUAUGAGGAGCUUCCCUCGUCUGAUCUAGUACAGGAGGCAGAAGGACUCUUCCUUCCCAAACACUUUUAUAAUUAUCUCAAAAAGGAGGCAUGCCCUGGUUGCCGUGGCUGCGACGAUGACUUUGAAUUCCCAUCAGAUUAUGGUAAAGAGAAGAAAGAGAAUGAAAACUUUUUCAUGAGUAUUGAACCAGCACCUCAAGCAUCAUCAAGCAGUUCCUUUGGAGCUGCUCCUUCAAUUAGUAAGACCAGUAGUACUGGAUUAUUCUCUUCUGCUGCCGUUGGGUUCUUAUCAUUCUCUGAUAUUGCAUCUGGUGCUGAAAGACCCUCUGAUUUCAUUAAAGAUAAAGGUUUUAAAUUUUCCGGAGCCAGAGCUCAGUUAUUUUCCGGUGGAGGUGGAGAAGGCGGAGAGGAAGAAGGAAAUGAGAAUCCUGAGGAAGAAGCUAAUAUUCAUUUUAAACCAAUAGUUACUUUGCCAGAGACUUAUGACUAUAAAUCGGCAGAGAAAGAAGGAGAGACCCUUUUUGACAAGCGUGGGAAACUCUAUCGUUUUGAUGGCUCAACCAAUCAAUGGAAGGAGAGGGGUCUUGGUAAUAUGAAGAUUAUUUAUCAUCGUGGAAACAGGCAGACUCGUCUGGUUAUGAGACGUGAUCAGAUAUUAAAGUUAUGUUGUAAUCAUUACAUCACUGAUAGUAUGAGCAUUGAGAUGCAAAUGGGUAAUCCUAAAGCAAUGACCUGGUUUACUGAGACUGACUACUCAGAAGAGACUGCCCUACCACAGAAGCUAGCUCUUAGAUUCAAACAUGAGAAAACUGCAAAGAGAUUUAAGGAUCUUUUUGAAGAAGCAGUUAGCAAAGCAAAAGAAGUGUCUAAUGAGAAUGAUGAGAAUGAGGAAGAGAAAGGAGAUGAUGAAGAAGAAGAAGAAGAGAAAGGAGAAGAAGAGGAAGAGGAGGAGGAGGUUCAAGAUAGUGAAAGUGAUGAUAAUGAUGACUCUUUGUGGACUUGUCCUGAUUGUUCAGUGAAGAAUGAUAUCAAUACUAACGAGUGUGUAGCUUGUGAAGCAGCUCGUCCAGUUCCUCCAUUUUUACAUGCUACAGUAUCUUCCACUAGUUUUCCUAUUCCUUUAUGUUUUGCUCCUUCCAGUGUCACUCCUUCCUUUAGUGCUUCAAGAGGUCCUCAUACUAUUCACUAUGGUGCACCUCCUGUCUCUAUCAGCAGUACUACUGCAGUUCAUAGCAGUAGCAACACUGGGGCAUUGCCACCUUUUCAAUUUGGAAAUAAAACCACUCCAGGCAGUGCUGUACCAUCUUUUGUAGGAGGACCACCAGCUCAAUUUGGACGACUGAAGCUUCCUGCUCCUACCGGAGCACCAUUGCUUCAAUAUUCAUCUUCUAAUACAGGACCAAUGCAGACAUCAUUUCCUGUAGCAACUCCUCCAUUUUCAGCUAUGUCUGCAACUCCUUCUCGAUUACCUUUUCAUUUACCAAGUACUCCUCAGUUUAAAAGUGUAGCUAAUACCCCAAUGCCUCAUUUAAUGCCACAGUUAAGUUUUGCUCCCACUAUUCGUCCAUUAAAAGGCUCUACCUGUACUGCUACAGCAACUACUCUCUUAACUACUACUACAACUACUGGGCCUGUUUUUCGGUUUAAUGUAGUUUCUACAGCUACUUCAGCCUUUACACUGUCCUCUCCAGCUCAAUUAUCAUUCACUACUUCAACAGCCAAACCAUCCUUUAGUGCCACGCCUUUUGUAUUUGGAGUAAAAGCACCGCCAAGAAGUAGACCUUUUGUAUCACCUUGUGUGUCAUCCAAAGAGUCUUUAGGUCUUAAUACUGGUAGUAGAGGAAGAGAAGGAAAGGGACUUGCAUUACCACCAACAGGGAAAGAGGAAGAGAGACAAAAGCACCAACAAAUUCCAGUACAGAGCAAACCCACUAGUCAAGCAUUUCAGACAGGUACUGGACACAGAACAACUUCUUCAUUCUUAUUUACAGCAGAACCAGGUGGCUUCACUUUUAAAAAACCUGUUGAAGAGGCUAAAAAUGCCAGUGUGAGUCCUAAGAAAGGAGAAGAUAAAGCAGAAACACUAGACUCCAUUCCUACUGGAGAUGAAAAUGAAGAAGCAAUGUUUUGUGAGAAGGUGAAGCUGUUUCGAUUUGACAGUAACCAGUGGAAGGACAGAGGAGUUGGUGAGAUGAAGAUAUUAUUGAACAGAUCCACAGGAAAAUGGAGAUGUGUGAUGCACAGGAACCAGACUCACAUUGUAUGCUGCAACUUCCUAUUAGCAGCAGGAAUGGGUCUUAGCCCAUACCGAGAAAGCAACAUGAAGUUCACAUUUUAUGCUGACGAUAAUUUGAAUGGCAAAUCAAAGUUUGCAUUAUGUUUUAAAACAAAGGAGAUUGCUGAAAGAUUUAAGGAAAUGUUUGACAGAGGAUGUUCUGGUCAGACAAGAUAAGGAGCUGAAGCGAAAAAUGUGAGACAACCAAUACAGCAGCUAGGAGCGUGAUAGUUUUCUUUUUCUCUUUUAAUAUUAGUCAUUAUUAUACAAUUUUAAAUGAUUUAGUUUGCUAUCUUUUCAAUUUGUAUUUGUGCAUAUAUAGUUUAG